AUGUGCCGGCGGCUGACUGUACUCUUUCUAUACCUCUUUUCGCUACCUUUUUUAAUGGGUUACUCAAUUCCUCCUACUGGGAUUCAAAGUGUUUCGGAGGUUGACUCUAUGAUCAGACAAUGUUUUCAAACUCUUUGCAAAGAAUGGAUGAUUGAAUGUCAUUGGUACUGUGAUUCCACCAAAGCACAGACCAGCUUACUCCGUUGCAAGGAGUGCUUGAGCUGGCGUGGACAACAGUGCAUGGAUUGUUUUGAAAUGUGA